AUAGCAGCGCAGCGCAGUGGAGUAAUUUUGAGAGAAAACACACAAACAAAAUGGCGGAAAACAAUGAUUCAUCGAUAAAAACUGAAGAUCUGGUGGUUGAAGGAUGCCGCAUGCCUGUAAGAAUGAAGCAAACGGAUGAGUGGCCACUUGGAGAGAUUAUAAGUCGCAAGGACACAGAUGAUGGAGUCUUGUUUUACGUCCAUUACAUCGACUACAACAAGCGUCUUGAUGACUGGGUCACUCUGGAUAGGCUCAACCUGGAGAAACUCCAGAUGCCACAUAAAGAAGCCAAAACUCCACAGAAGGAGGUCCUUACACCGAACUGUAGCUCCAGGGCAUCUACCCCUGAGAGGGAGCUACCUGCCCUCGCCACACCAGCCCUUGCUGCACCAACACCGCCCCCAACGGUGCCUCCAUCUGCACCGGUUGUGGUACAUGUAAAUGGCAAUGUACCCAAGAACAAAGGCAAUCCUGUCGGCAGGAAAAGAAAACUCCCCUUUCUGGAAACAGAGGAAUCUAUGGACAUUUUACGUUUCCAGGAUUCCAUGGACAUCCUAAAUGUGAACGCACCCCGACAAACCGGGAGCAUGGUGACGGACAAGCACCACGAUGACAUCAUCACCCGUAUCAAGAACAUUGAGAUGAUUGUCCUUGGGCGCCACUGUAUACGCCCCUGGUACUUCUCCCCGUACCCCAUUGAGCUGACGAGUAAACCAAAGAUCUACCUCUGUGAGUUCUGUCUCAAGUAUGUCAGGAGUGUUAAGUGCUUGGAGAGGCAUAAGGCAAAGUGCAAACUGAGACAUCCCCCUGGAAAUGAGAUCUAUAGGAAGAACCCCAUCUCCUUCUUUGAAAUCGAUGGUCGGAAAAACAAGGUAUACUCACAGAACCUGUGUCUGCUAGCCAAGUUGUUCCUAGAUCACAAGACACUGUACUACGACACAGAUCCAUUCCUCUUCUACGUCAUGACUGAGUUUGACAGCAGAGGCUAUCAUAUUGUUGGCUACUUCUCGAAGGAGAAGGAAUCAACAGAAGACUACAAUGUCGCAUGUAUUCUCACUCUACCUCCAUACCAAAGGAAGGGGUUUGGUAAACUACUUAUCGAAUUCAGUUACGUGCUGUCUCAGUUCGAAGGCAAGACAGGAUCUCCAGAGAAACCCCUGUCUGAUCUAGGACUACUGUCUUACAGGAGCUACUGGUCUCAGGCCAUCUUAGAAUGCAUCCUCAAGCUACCCAAGCCUCCUGAUGGCGAGAGGCCACAGAUCACAAUCAGUGACAUCUGUGAGUCCACAAGCAUCCGCAAAGAGGAUGUGAUAUACACCCUGUGCAACCUGAACCUGAUCAACUACUACAAGGGUCAGUACGUCAUCACCCUGGCAAAGGAUGUGGUAGAUGCUCACCAGAAGGCAAUGAGCAAGCGGAAGAUCCGCAUCGAGCCGAAGUGUCUGCAUUGGACACCCAAGGACUGGUCCAAAAGAGGGAAGUGGUGAUGGCUUGAUGGGAAUGUCAGGACAGCCAAAAGACACUGUGAAGAUGAUUGUGAGUUGCUUAUUUAUGGGAUUCUUUCACCUAACCCUUAGAAUGAUGUAAGAGGUGGAAGUGACAAUGUCAUCAACCUGCCCAAGGAUGUGAUUGCUGCUCAUCUGACAGCAAUGAGCAAGCGGAAGAUCCGCAUUGAGCCAAAGUGUCUGCAUUGGACACCCAAAGACUGGUCCAAAAGGGGGAAUUGGUGAUGGCUUGAAGGGAAUCUCAGGAGAGCCAAGAGACAUUGUGAAGAUGACAUGUUUUGGGGAUUCUUGCGCUUACCCUAAGUACUUGCAGUAGAUGCCCUAGUAAUUUAAGUGGUAGAAGUGACAAUGUCAUCAACCUGGCCAAGGAUGUGAUAGCUGCUCAUUUGACAGCAAUGAGCAAGUGGAAGAUCCGCGUUGAGCCACAGUGUCUGCAUUGGACACCUAAGGUCUGGUCUAAGAGGGGGAAGUGGUGAUGGCUUGAUAAAAAUGUCAGGACAGCCUAGAGACAUGAAGAUGAUAAUGGGUAUCUUAUUUAUUGGAUUCUUGUGUAAGAAUCUGCACUAUACACCCAAGCAUUGUUCAGUAAGAAGAAUGUGGCUAUGGCUUGAUGGUAAAAAGAGAGGUUAUCUAUGUUGGGUCAACCAAGAGACAUUGUGAAGAUGAUAGUGAUGAGUUCCUUAUUUAUAAGAUACUUGCUCUUACCUUAACUCUAAACAGACGGGGGGGUAUAUGUUCUGGAUGACAAAUUAGGUAAAUUGCUGAUUGGUCUACAUCCACUUCAUCUCACAUGGUCUAAUCCUAAUUCGUCUACAACUGGUUUGCCUAACCAUUAGAUCUAAUUGCCAUUUACAAAAAAAAGACAAUUUUUGUCUAAUUCCCCAUAAGAUUAUACACAUUUCUUCUUAUUUCCACUUAAGCAAGUAACACUUGUCUAUAUGAGUAGAAGAACUGUUAGUGAAUCAGAUUUUAAUUUU